AUGGAUUUAAACCUUAAGGUGUCAUCUUUAAUAACAGCACAGGGAGAAUGGAAUGUUCUUAAGCUUAAUGAACUCUUUCCUCCUUGUGAUGUUACCCACAUUAGAUCCUUUCCACCUGAAGUUAGUGUAGCUGAUAAAAGUGUGUGGGCCUACACAAAAGAUGGAAACUAUUCAGUGAAGAGUGGUAAUUGGGUGCUCACGAGGGAAGCUGAACUAAUGGAGGUCAUCCCUGCAGAUUUGCAAGCCGCUAACAAGACUAAAGAAAGGGUAUGGAAGGUUUCUACAGCUCCAAAGAUCAGAAUCUUCUUAUGGCGAGUUUUAUCGGGUGCCCUUGCGGUUGCUGAUUGCUUGAGGCGACAUGGUCUUAAUAUUAAUCUAGUGUGUCAGCUCUGUAAUGGAUCAAAUGAAACAAUAUCUCAUGUUUUGUUUGAUUGUCAUUUGGCUCAUAAUGUCUGGAGUAUCACGGGUUUGCCUUUGUGGUCACACGGAUCGCCUAUCUCCAUUUCUGAACGGGUGGAUCAUCUUUUGAAUUUAAUGGAGAAGCAAGAUGUAGAUAAAGAGUUGCGAGAGGCUAUUCCUUGGUUAUUAUGGGAGAUUUGGAAGGCAAGGAACUCUACUCUGUAUGCGGCGAAGACUAACUCUCCACAUUUUGUUGUUGCUACAGCGUUGGAAGAUGCAAAAGAGUGGUUACAGCAAAAUAUUCACUCUCAACAAGGCAAUGUUCUAAGAAACCAGAGACAAAUGGUGGGUGAGAAGUUAUGGACUAAACCUGCGUUCGGGAAAAUUAAAUGCAACAUCCAUACUUCUUGGAUCAAGGACUCAUGCCAUGUUGGAGGAGCUUGGAUUGCAAGGAAUCACGCGGGGGAUGCCAUUUUUCAUGCGCGGGAUGCUUUUAUACCGAUGUUUAAUCGUCUCGCUGCGGAGCUUCAUGGUAUACUUUGGUGUCUUAGUGGUUUAAGAGAUAUCCAUAUCGUAUCGUGUGAACUAUGGUCCGAUUGUGGUGCGGCUAUUGAUGCUUUACGCAGACCAGAAGUUUACCCUAAAUACCGUUCUCAGCUUCUAAAGAUACAACAGGUAAUACGGGUGAUGCGGGAGGUUAGUUUUCACCUCUCUUCACCGAAAGCCAAUUCUUUGGCUAGAGAGAUUGCUUGUAGUGUUACUCGAGAAGGACGGUUUACAUAUUACUUAACACGUGGUGGUCCGGCUUGGCUCCACAACCGGAUUGAGGACGAGCGGCGAGGUCGACGUUGA